AUGAGCGAAACCGACAAGCUGAACGUGGACAACAUCAUAACGAGACUGUUGAAAGCGCGGCCCGGCGGCGGGCCCGUGCAGCUCUCCGAAACCGAGAUCAAGGGGCUGUGCCUGAUGUCCCGGAACCUGUUCAUGUCGCAGCCCAUGCUGCUGGAGCUCCAGGCCCCGUUGAAAAUAUGCGGCGACAUCCACGGCCAGUACUACGACCUGCUGCGCCUGUUCGAGUACGGCGGCUAUCCGCCCGAGUCCAACUACCUGUUCCUGGGCGAUUACGUGGACCGCGGCAAACAGUCCCUGGAAACGAUAUGCCUGCUGUUGGCGUACAAAAUCAAAUUCCCCGAGAAUUUCUUCCUGUUGCGCGGCAAUCACGAGUGCGCGCGCAUCAACCGGAUAUACGGGUUUUACGACGAGUGCAAGCGCCGGCACAGCAUCCGGCUGUGGAAAAUAUUCACCGGCUGUUUCAACUGUUUGCCCGUGGCCGCGAUCAUCGACGGGAAGAUUUUCUGUUGCCACGGCGGUCUCAGCCCCGACCUGCAGCUGAUGGACCAGAUCAGGCGGAUCGUGCGGCCCACCGACCUGCCCGACCAGGGGCUGCUGUGCGAUCUGCUGUGGUCCGACCCCGACAAAGACACGGAGGUGUGGGGCGAGAGCAACCGGGGCGUGUCGUUUACGUUCGGGGCCACGGUCGUCAACAAAUUCUUGCGCAAACACAAAUUCGAUCUGAUCUGCAGGGCGCACCAGGUCGUGCAGGACGGUUACGAGUUUUUCGCCAAGCGCAAACUGGUCACGUUGUUUUCGGCGCCCAACUACUGCGGCGAAUUUGACAACGCCGGCGCGUUGAUGUCCGUCGACGAAAAUCUGGUGUGUUCGUUCCGGAUUCUGGAGCCGUCCGCAAAACGGACGGACGGUCGUCGCGGACACGGACACGAUUUGAUAUCCGGCCGACCGCCGACGCCGAGCCGUCCCGACGGUCACCCGAGCCAGAGAUCGAAAAAUCUAAAAUCGUUCUACAAUAAUUAA